AUGGAUAGCGCGCCAUCACCAACAGAUCGUGAGCCCCCCCACGAAGCUAUUCCGGCGGCCCUCCCUGUUCGCGCGGACCAGCGACGACCCUUACUCGCGAACUGCCGUCCUCCGCCGCUGCAACCAUUACCGCCGGCGACCUGUUGCAGCCCUGCUCCGCCGCGAACCACCAGACGCCGUGAAGCUCCGCUGCGACCUGCUGCCAACGAGAACAGGCCCGUCGCCGCCGACCUCUUCCACCCGCUGAUGUCCACGCGAAACUAUUCUGGCGAGUUCAUUACCUUCAUCGCAGCAACUUCCGGCGAGCUCCAUCUGCCCCGAGCAGGAGCCGUUCCGACCUCCGCGAGCUUGCAACCUCCGGCGACCUUAGCGAUAAAGACGAGUCCGCCGAGCAGCAACAUAGUACCUUACGUGAAAAUGGUACACGACGGCUCGUCCCCGGCUUCUGUCCGAUCAUCACAGCAACCCAUUACAUCGUUGUCCUCGCCACCAGCGCGCCAUCACCAACAGAUCGCGAGCCCCCCCCACGAAGAUAUUCCGGCGGCCCUCCCUGUUCGCGCGGACCAGCGACGACCCUUACUCGCGAACUGCCGUCCUCCGCCGCUGCAACCAUUACCGCCGGCGACCUGUUGCAGCCCUGCUCCGCCGCGAACCACCAGACGCCGUGAAGCUCCGCUGCGACCCGCUGCCAACGAGAACAGGCCCGUCGCCGCCGACCUCUUCCACCCGCUGAUGUCCACGCGAAACUAUUCUGGCGAGUUCAUUACCUUCAUCGCAGCAACUUCCGGCGAGCUCCAUCUGCCCCGAGCAGGAGCCGUUCCGACCUCCGCGAGCUUGCAACCUCCCGCGACCUUCGCGAUAAAGACGAGUCCACCGAGCAGCAGCAUAGUACCUUACGUGAAAACGAUAAUGCUUUAUUCUUUGACUGCCACAAAAUCAUCAUUAAUCUCCUCUCCCUUCAUCAACAUCCGAGCAGCGUACAGUCGGCUUCAGUACACGAAAAGCAGCAGCCAAUUGGGAUUUCUUGGGCCAACCCGAACUGUGUGCGAACAGCAAAUAGCCGAGUUCCGUUCACGGCCAAUGGAACCCGUACGAGCAGCCCCUUUCAUCGUUUCGCCGAGUUUUCAGUCCCGUUAG